GCUGCAGAUCUGGAGAUGCGAGCUGCUCGAAUAGCAGAUCCUAGCUUAGAUUUGAAAACCAAACAUGCUGUGGCUUGCGAGCUACGAGAAAUGAUUGACACGGUCCGGGAUGCUGAUGCUGGUCGCGUCUACCCUCACAUGAUUCCAGUUCUACUCGAGAUCCUGCGCUCCAGCGAGAUUGCAUUCCACAAAGACGCCCCCGAAUACCAAUUCCGUCGUGUUCUUCUCGAGAUUCUCCAUCGUGUUACGACCUCUGACGGGACGCGAACGCAGGCCCUUCCCCUUGUAAAGGGCAUGUUAGACCUCCUGCGUCGCGACAAUGAAGAGAACGGCGUGACUUGUUGCAAAACCAUCAUCGACAUCAUACGCGCGUUUCGCAUUUUGACAGAAGAAUUCGUGGCCGAGUUUGUGUCAAUAUUGCUGGAGGUAUUUCAGAAUGUCAAGGGCCUCGUUGUAGAGCUGCUCUCCGAGGAUUCUCCUUCGCUCGAUACGAACAUCGUUUUGCCAAGCAUGAAGAGUUUCAAAGUUCUCGCUGAGAUGGGUAUGGUGCUAGUGACCUUCUCGCAAACACACCGCCAAUACGUGUCACCUCUUGUCAAGGGCACGCUCCCACUGACAUUCGAGGUGUUAGCCUUGGAAGCCCCGGCACAGAAGAAAGCGCGCGAGGAUUUCGAGGCAAUGGGUGGAUUCUGGGCUGGGAUAUCUCCAACCAUUCGGAACGUGCAAGCCUAUACGGAUUUUAUCACUUCACAGAUCAAGAUGGUGUCUUACCUUGCUUACAUCCUUCGAAACUUGGGAGAUCAGUACGACGUCUACGGUGACAAUUUGUUGCUUUCUUCCUUGCGGUUGCUUCAGGACAUCCCGGCAAGUGCCAUCGUGGCUAGAAGAGACUUUCUCGUUGUGUUCAGGCACUUGCUCGGCACGCCUUACCGACGUGCUUUGCUUUCCCAGAUCGACAAGCUAUUUGACGAGAACGUGCUCUUAGGUUCUAGUGUAGGGAGUAGAGAGACGCUACGUGCGUCCGCAUUUGCUGCUGUAGCAGAUCUGGUGCACCAUUUGCGAAACGACCUCACGCCACGGCAGCUCGCGCACAUCAUCAAUGUGUUCACACGACUCAUCCAUAAUCCCUGUCUAUCGAACAACGUGCACACACUGGCAGCAAAGAUGCUGUUCAACCUAGUGGAAACCGUAGCCGUGAAGGAAACGCCACAAGAAGCGGCGAGGAUCUUGUCAAACCUUCUAGAAACAUGCGUGGACAAGCUGGACAGUGUUCUUGGCGUUUUGGAAGAGGUUAACGCGCGAUUGGAGAGGAGUAAGAAAGGUACUCCGGAGACGGGGAAGAUCUAUCUUGUUGAGAAGGCGCGACCAGUGGGAGCCGCCAGCUAUGCAGUUGAGAAGCCAGAGGAUGUUCUCGCAGAAUCGAGGCUUCUAUUUCGCUCGUUCAUGCACGGCUUCCGUGCUUGCCUUUCGAGCUUACGAAAGAUCGACGCCCCUGUUCCCGAUGGAGCUUUGAUACUUCGCCUCUUCGAUGGUUGUAUCCGCUGUAUGAGCCUGUACGACACCGAUGCGCGCGAAGCAUCUGAGUCUAUGGACUGGCUUGCGGGUGCUCUUUGCGAGGUCAACAUACACAUUUUCCAAAACGUGUGGUCGCAGAAAAUCGGCAUGUUCUUCCUCGCUUCGCAGAAGCGUCCUCCUCUUCUACAUAUUUGUCAAAUCCUGUUCAGUCGGGAAAGCACCUCGCCGACUCUUGUCGCCAUUGUCCUUCGUCACCUCGCGGAUAAUCUCCCACUGCUUGGAGAGUACGACGAUACGACCGCGGUUGUCACGAUCAGGUUAUACAAACUAGCCUUUGGGGCUGUCGCUCUUUACCCUCAGCACAAUGAGCCUAUCCUCGCGUCACAUCUGGCGAAACUCAUCAUGGAAUGCUUCCCCUUAGCUUCUAAGGCGCCCAAACCUACAAACUAUUAUCACCUGCUCCGUGGUCUCUUCCGUGCGAUUGGAGGUGGCGGAGGACGCUUUGAACUCUUGUACAAGGAAGUUCUUCCCUUACUCCCUGAAAUGCUCGAGAACCUCAACAAGCAACUGAUCCUCUCCGAAGGCUAUAGUCGAGAAAUGAUCGUCGAGCUUUGCCUAACCGUUCCGUUGCGUCUAACACAUCUUUUGCCCCACCUAUCUUACCUUAUGAAGCCACUUGCUCUCGCUCUACGCGGCAGUCCUGAUCUCGUCGCCCAAGGGCUGCGCACGCUAGAGCUGUGCAUUGACAACCUAACUCCCGACUUCCUCGAUCCCACGCUCAAUACAGUCCUGAGGGAAUUGAUGGAAGCGCUUCAAGGCCAUUUGAAACCUUUACCCGCUAACCAUCACCAUGCUCACACGACACUCCGUAUAUUGGGCAAACUAGGCGGCAGGAAUCGUCGUCUGUUGGACAGAGAACCAGAGUUGAAGUUUAAUCAUCAUACGGAUCCCGCGAAGGUACUGAUCUCGUUCGGUGGCAAGUAUGAAGGUUUAGAGCUAGGACCGAUGUCCAUCUUGGCAUUGCGUGCAUUGAAGAAGCAAUCGCCCUAUCGAACCCACGCAUACCACUACCUCGAGAACUGCGUGACAAUACUGUGGCAUGAUGGUUUACGAGGACGUGACCGGGAGGAGAUUUUCAUGCGCUGUAUGGAAGGCCUUUUCGAUGCUAUCCAUCUCCAGGAAGUGCAGGACCAAGCCGAGACCUAUAUUCGCCAGCUCGCCCAUCACGUAUUCACCAUGGAGCUUCGGCGGGGUGUCAGCCAGGACGUCGUGUCGCAUCGCUGGCCGAGCAGCCUAUUUGCUUCUUUCCUUGAUGCAUUGGCGAAUGGACUUGCGCGCGAUGUCCCAGCAGAAGCCAAGAAGGCUAGCGAAUUCGUCAAUUCCAUCAUCCAGGACCUCAUCGCGAGAAAUGCCAACCCUGACAUCUCGUCUCACGAAAUUAUACUCACGUUACACCAGAUCGCCAGCCGAUUCAGUGCAUUAUGCUUAGAUGAGUCAUGGACACGCAAAAAGGCAGGGUAUACCGGUCUAACCCUUAUCCUCAAUAUCCCCGACUUCGGCAUCAAGUGGAUCAACGAUCGAGAGGUUGAUCUCGUUCGCACCUUGCUACAUGUUCUAAAGGACAUGCCCGACGACUUACCUAACGAUAUUGAAGAUAUCCUAGGCAUCUUGGUUAGAGUUCUGCGCUUGAGCAACAGCUAUCUCAUGCAGGGCGAGGGAGUGACCAAUCGUAACAAGAUCAUUCAUCUCAUGGGUAUCUUCUUCACAGAGUUGUCCAACCCGAAUGCUAUUGUUCGACGCGCCUCAGAGACCUCAAUAGAUCUCCUUGCGACACUAAGUGGCAAACCGGUGGUGGAUUUACUCCUCCCACACCGUGAUCGCAUGCUCACUGCCAUUUACACCAAACCUCUUCGCGCGCUCCCUUUUCCCAUGCAAAUCGGCAUGAUCGAGGCCAUGCGUUAUUGUAUCAGCCUCGACCCGCGCCUUCCAGAGUUGAAUGAUGAAUUGCUCCGACUCCUCCAUGAGGCUUUAGCAUUAGCAGACGCAGAUGAGGGCGGGCUCCUUGGGCGUGGAGACGCACGGCGGGCUAGCCGAGACAUCAUCAAACUACGGGUUGCAUGCAUCCGACUGUUGACAGCCUCGAUGCCCAUGACCGACUUCUUUUCAAAACAACAUCAGACACGGCAAAAAGUCACCAGUGUAUAUUUCAAAUCACUGUACUCGCCGUCGAAGGAAGUGAAAGAAGUCGCCCAUGAAGGCCUUAGAAUGGUUCUCACUCACCAAAGUCGUCUGCCAAAAGAGCUGUUACAGACAGGUCUGCGCCCAAUCUUGCUUAACCUUGCUGAUCCGAAGCGCCUCACCGUCCCUGGACUGGAAGGACUGGCGAGACUAUUAGAACUCUUGACGACAUAUUUUAAGGUGGAAAUUGGUCACAAACUCUUGGAGCAUUUUCGCGUUGUCGCCGAUCCUCAGGUGCUACAAGCCUCGUCAAGAGUCCCCUUGGCGGAUAAUGAAGGGAUAAUGAAACUUGUUCGGCUCGCUAACAUUUUUCAUCUGCUCCCUUCCACUGCUAACAUCUUCUUGGAGAACCUCAUCAAUGCCAUAGUACAGGUAGAAGCUCAGCUUCACUUCUCCAAUCCUAGCCCCUUUUCGGAGCCCUUGGGAAAGUAUGUAGAUCGCUACUACAUCGAAGCCACAGAGUUCUUCAUGAAACACUUGCACAUGCCACGGCAUCUGAGAACCUUCCGGAGCGUUUUGCAGGCCCGUAUUGCCCCAAAUCUACUGCGAGAGCUGUCAUCGAGGACGUCUGUGAUCAUCUCGGGAUGUAUUCUUGGGGAAAAUCGCGGCUUGCUCAUGCCGGGUCUUCAACUUUGCUCAGACCUUGCCGAUAUCAGUCCUACGUGGCUCCUGGAUAAAGACAACUAUGUCAUCGACGCAUUGCUCCAUGUUUGGCGCUCUGAGAUACCCCCUUCUGAAGAGGAUGCAUCUGCGAUCUCUGAUGCUGUACACCGACACUCGAUCAUCCUGUCACUCUUUCAAAAAGCAGUUGAAGCAACACCUCGAGUCGAUCUUCUGUUUGAGAUCAUGACCAUAUUUACUCGUAAUCUGCCUAUGGACCUUGUCCGCGUCACACGAUUCCUGUACCGUCAAGUGGCGUUCAGCAAAGAUAUCUUCUACCAGCGAAGUGUUCUCCUCCGUUUCUUGACAUGGUUUUCAGAUCCUUCCCCUGGCUGGGCGCGCAAGAUGCACUUCAUCCGUGUGAUAAUUACACCAAUGUUGCUGACUUGUGCUCAAUCGACAGCGAAGGAGGGAUUGCUUGACGAAGACAUGAUCACACAAAUUCACAGGCGUAUAUGGCAACCGAUGAUCGACAAUCGAACGUUUGCAGAUGCAGAUGAUACUUUCAACAUCGAGCUACUUCACCUUACCACUGUCAUCGUUCAGUACUAUCCCGAUCUACUUGAGGUUGCCCGCAAGGAUAUCAUCAAAUGUGCAUGGCACUACAUCACUAGCGAGGACGUAGUUGUGAAGCAGGUCUCGUAUCUUCUCGCUGCCCGCUUUUUUGAUACUUUUGAGACCCCCCAAAAGUUCAUCCUCAGGGCUUGGACUGGGCUACUCAGGCCACCGCAUCAUGAGGGAAGGAAUCUGGUCCGCCAGGCACUCGACACGUUGGCGCCAGCGUUACCUCGGUCGACAGCGCAAGAAUCUGGAUAUCCUCAAUGGGCCAAGACAACCCGACGCUUAUUGGCGGAAGAGAGUAGCGGACAAUCCCAGAUGAUGACUGUUUAUCAGCUUGUCGUCCGCCAGUCAGCCUUGUUCUAUCCCGUUCGCGCACUUUUCAUUCCACAUAUGGUCAAUUCCCUUCCGAAACUUGGUUUGCAAGGGUCAGCAUCCGGUGAAUCACGCCUAUUAACCAUCGACAUCAUGCAGACCAUUGUGAAUUGGGAACAAAAGGCAACAGAAGAACUUUCGUCUUCCAAUAGUGUAGGUUCAAUCUGGAUCACGCCUCUGGGAUUCCGUGAAAGUGUCGUCAGCUACUUGGUUCGCCUUGCCACGUCAGCCCACGAUGUCCAGUCUCGUAAUGCCUUAGUUCCUCGCGCGCUGGCCUUGCUGCGGACAAUUGUGGGGCCCAACGGGUGGAGCGACGUCACGGUCAAGCUCAACUAUUUCUCUCGCGCUCUCGAGCAGACUGAGCUCAGCAGCGAUAUUGCCAUCAGCCAAGCCCUCGGUGCUGCGAAGGUUUUACAGGUAGUCGCGGCCGACAAAGACGAUUCCUGGUUCGCUGACACCGAUAAUGCCGCCAUCCUUUCGCGUCUGGUACGCAAGGGAAUGGUCGCUGAUGACGCGAAUCUCCAUGACGCACUGCAUCCGGUCUUCCAUCGGUUGAUCAAGCUGUUUCCCCUGCCAAAGGAGGAUGAGGAUCAGCAAGGUGAUAUGGCAGACUUCCACAAUUUCGUCCAUUCUGCGAUAGGCGAAGGGUUGCGAAAUACCACUGGCUGGCGUGGGACCUUAUUGAUGUUGAAGUCAGUGGUGGAAACUGUGCCCGAGCGCAUCGAGUCCUUCGGCGCCUCUCUGAUGAAGCUCCUCAGCAAAUUAGCCAAGGAACACCUUCAAGCACAAGCUCCAUCGAACAAUUAUGACCACAAUACACGUCUCUUGACGUCAAUCCUAGACAUCUGCCAGCUCUCGGCCUCAUUUCUCGGCGAUCAACGAAGGUGGCUCAUCCUCACACUCAUGACAUUGGUUGAAAAAUCAAAGAGUCUCUCCCUCUGCAAAUACAUGCUUGACAUAGCUCGUGAUUGGGCGUUGCAUAGACGCGAGCCAUAUCCAACAAUGAAAGAGAAGGCGUCAGUUCUUCAGAAGAUGGCCGCUUUUGAAACUCGUGGUGAUGCCUUGUACAGCUCCCACUUGGAGCUAAUCUAUCAGAUUUACACGGAACCUACUCUCCGCCGGAGCGAAUUGACCACAAAAUUGGAACAAUCCUUUUUGCUGGGGUGCCGUGCACGAGACCCUGUCAUGAGGGAAAAAUUUAUAGAUCUCCUUGAUGUCAGCGUCCCCCGAGCAUUGAUCAGUCGGUUAUCAUAUAUCCUAGGCGUUCAAAGCUGGGAAGCGUUGGCCGAUAGCCCUUGGAUUUACCUCGCUCUUCAUCUUCUGCUAGGAUCUGUGGAUGUGGACAGCCCCAUGGUACCAGAGCGAAAGGCUCUUUCCUCGCUCGGUUCAGCGAUGCCUUUUGCUCAGCGUCGAAUCCAAGAUUUUAUCCGACCUAUGCAGCGUCUCCUGUAUCUCGACCCUGCCGUUGCACACAGCACAUGGGUGUCAAUAUUCCCUGUCGCCUGGGCGUCACUCUCUCGCCGAGAGCAGAUGGACAUCACACAUCAUACCAUCAGCCUUCUAAGCAAAGACUAUCAAAUCAGACAAGCGGAUCUCCGACCAAACGCGGUACAGACACUCUUAACAGCUGCCAACGCUUGUUCGCCGCCGAUGAUGCUUCCGCCUCACCUUGUCAAGUAUUUGGCCAAGACACAUGGCGCAUGGUAUGCUGGUUUUGAGAUUUUGCAAUCAAUGAACCGUGCCAUUGAAGAUGACCCCUCCGUUCGUGACACCGUGUACGACUCAUUGGCAGAGUUAUAUGCGGAAAUGGCAGAGGAUGAUCUCUUCUAUGGUCUGUGGCGUCGGCGCUGCUUGCACCUGGAAACAAACAUCGGGAUUUCAUUUGAGCAAAACGGCAUGUGGGAGCAGGCCGCGACAAUGUACGAGAAUGCGCAGACCAAGUCACGAUCAGGCAACUUGCCUUUCUCGGAGCAGGAAUACUGCUUCUGGGAGGACCAUUGGAUCUUAUCGGCCGAAAAACUUCAGCAAUGGGACAUUUUGUGCGAGUUUGCUCGCAGCGAGGGCAAUCAGGAAUUGGCGUUGGAGGGCGCAUGGCGAAUUAAAGACUGGGCCGAAAAUAGGGAAACGCUAGAGGAGCAAGUCAACUCCCUACCAGAGGUCGCCACACCACGUCGUCGCGUCUUCGAAGCUUUCAUCGCGUUGCUCAAAAUGCCUGCCGCUGUCGAUAAAAACACUGAAUUCACCAAGAUUCUCGAGGAUGCCAUGCAGUUAUCGCUCCGGAAAUGGGUCGCCCUACCUCCUCAACUUACCUUGGCCCACGUCCCAUUAAUGCAACAUUUCCAGCAGUUCGUGGAACUACAAGAGGCCGUACAGAUCUUCGGGUCUCUUUCUACUACCACCGCGCAAAACCUGGAGAAGAAAUCAUCUGAUUUGAAGAUGGUGCUGCAAGCAUGGCGUGAGCGACUCCCCAAUCGAAGCGACGAUAUCAGCAUCUGGAGUGACUUGGUUGCCUGGAGGCAGAACGUGUUCAAUGCUAUCAACAAAGCCUAUGUCCCUCUGAUAGGUGGGUCGACACAAGGCGGAGCUGCUGCUAGCAACGCAAACACCUUUGGUUACCGGGGAUAUCAUGAGACAGCGUGGAUUAUCAAUAGGUUUGCUCAUGUUGCCCGAAAACACGAUCUUCUCGAGGUCUGCUUCAGCCUACUGAACAAGAUCUACACCCUCCCCAACAUCGAGAUCUCUGAAGCUUUUCUGAAGCUCCGCGAACAAGCACGGUGUCAUUACCAGAAGCCGCACGACCUUCAAGCCGGCCUGGAGGUGAUCAACAAUACCAAUCUGAUGUACUUUUCCAUCGCGCAGAAGGCGGAGUUUUAUACGCUGAAGGGAAUGUUCCACGCUCGCUCCAACCGAAAUGAAGACGCGAAUCAAGCCUUUGGCCAAGCCGUUCAGCUGGACAUGUGCCAGGCAAAGUCUUGGGCGGAAUGGGGAAAGUUCAACGACAAAAUGUUCAAGGAAAUUCCCAACGACAUGAACCACGCAGCGAGCGCUGUCAGCUGCUACCUCCAAGCGGCAGGUCUCUACAAGGACGGGAAGAGUCGACCUCUUCUGGCUCGUGUCCUUUGGCUCCUCAGUGUCGACGACAACAACUACACAAUUUCUAGGGCAUUUGACACAUACAAGGGCGAGGCUGCAUUCUGGUUCUGGAUUUCUUUCAUUCCUCAGCUGUGCUUGUCGAUAUCGCAACGUGAAGUCAAACAAGCACGCUAUAUCCUCUUGGCCCUGGCGAAAUUAUACCCCCAGGCUCUGUUCUUCCAGCUUCGUACUACGCGAGAAGACAUGAACUUUGUAAGAAAACAGCAAGCCGCAGCCAUUGCGGCUGCCAGGAUGAAUGCUAACAACGGUCGACUUCAAUCUUCCCCCACCAAUAACGAUGCCUUGAGACGCGUCGACUCUGGCCAGACGCAAGAAACCCAUCCUGCUGAUCCAACAUCUGCGAACCACGGAUCUGGAAUUGGAGCUGCCGCUCAAGCUCCUACAAAUACCCCUUCAGCUCCACAGAAUACAGAGGUCCCCGGGCCCCAACGACAGUCGUGGGAAACUAUCGACGAGGUCGUCCAGAUUCUCAAGACUGCAUUCCCUCUCCUGAUUUUGAGUAUGGAAACGAUGGUUGACCAAAUACAUCAGCGAUUCAAAGCCACAGCAGAAGAGGAGAUUUAUCGACUUGUGUGCAUGUUGCUUCUGGACGCGAUGCAGCAAUACGCGAUGCGAAUCAAUAUUCUCGACGACGACGGUCAAUUGAGUCCCGCCACGGUCGCCUACCUGAACAGAAUGACGAGCAAUUUGACCGGUCAGGCUCGGGCUGAUUACGAAGAAGACUUCCUAAAGAGCAAGCCAACACACCACGAGUACAUCCGUCGACUGCAACAAUGGCGGGACCGGUAUGAGAAGUACCUCGACUCCCGACCUCGAAUACAGCCGCUCGACUUGCUCAGUCAUUAUCUGACGGAGUUCCAAUACGCCAAAUUUGACGACAUCGAGAUCCCUGGGCAAUAUACAGAGGACAAGGGUAGCAACCAGAACUUUGCCAAGAUCCUCAAGUUUGGACCCAAGUUUGAAAACUGCCGGUCUCACGGGUACUGCUGGAGACGUUUUACGAUUCAUGGUACGGACAACUCUCGUGUAUCUUUCAACGUCCAGUUGCCUUCGGGUAGACAUAUUCGACGAGAGGAGAGGGUCUUGCAGAUCUUCCGGACAUUCAACAAUAUCCUGAGCCGUAAGAAGGAGUCUCGGAAGCGGAACCUAACGUUUCACAUCCCAGCUGCCAUCGCCUGCAGCACGAACCUGCGCCUGCUCCAGAAUGAUUCAUCCUACGUCACAUUUGGGGAUAUCUACGAUCAGUUCUGCGAGAGCGCCAACAUCGCGCGAGAGGACCCUAUCCUGGUUCCCGGCGAGAAGGUCAAGACGGUGCUGCGCGACUUCAAGGAGGAGAAUCAACGGAUGCCCUCCCGGCACGAAUUUUUCACGCUCAAAAAGCACAUCCUGGACGAUGUCAUGACGCACAUGGUGCCGGAGACGGUGAUCACGCAGUACAUGAUCCGUACGAUGGACGGCCCGAGCGAGCUCUGGCGGAUGCGCAAGCAGUUCGCGCUCCAGGUCGCCGCGACGAGCUUCAUGACGUACAUCCUGUGCUUGACGAGCCGCCUUCCCGCGCGGUUCCACAUCUCGCGCCGGACGGGCCUGAUCUCCAUGAGCGAGGUCUUGCCAGGCGCCAACGCGCCCGUGUUCGCGUCCAACGACGUCGUGCCGUUCCGCUUUACGCCGAACAUGCAGCACUUCGUCGGGCCCAUCUACACCGAGGGCAUCCUCACCUCGGCGCUCAUGGCCAUGGGCCGGAGCCUCACCGAGCCAGAGUUCGACCUCGAGCAGCAGCUGUGCCUGUUCGCGCGCGACGAGGUGAUGACGUGGCUCCACGGGCGCCACAAGCCGUGGAUGUUCGACCUCUCCUUCCGGCAGAACGUCGCGCAGAACAUCGACGGCGUCGUCAAGCGCGCCGAGACGAUGGCGUGCAAGGUCGAGCGCGAGACGGCCCUCAACCCGAACACCCUCGGCACGAUGCAGACCCCCGUCGUGCAGACCGUCGUCAACCUGAUCGCGACCGCGACCGACCCGUUCAACCUGAUGAAGAUGACCGAGGUGUACAUCCCCUGGUUCUGAGCGCCCCGCCCGCCCGCCAGCCGCCGCCCCCUCCAACGUUCACCGACCACGUCGGCCGCGUCGGCGCGUCGUCGCCUGUCUGUGCGCCCAUCUGACUUUAUGUCUGCACGUCUGUCUGUUUCUGUUUCGGCUUCUGUCUGCUUGUGUCUGUGUCGUUGCUGUCUGCCCGUCUGCCCGUCUGCCCGUCUGCCUGUCGUCGCCAUCGUUAUCCCAAGCACCACGCCUUGUCCCUGUCCGCUCACGUACUGACCUGCCGCACCACCAUCAUCACCACCACCACCAUCGUCAUCACCGUCACCGUCACCGUCAUCUUGUAUCAGAGCAUCCUAUAAUGUACACCCCUUGCCUAUUUCCCUCCCCCAUCUUUCCAUCUCUCCUCUCUGUUCUCCCUCUAUUCUCUCUCUAUUCUCUCCUCUGUUCUCUCUCUCUCUGUGUUUGUCUGCACUACGUACGUACCAUGUACCAUGUAUCAUACUCCAUACUCCAUACUCCAUUCCCGCUC